AACUGAUAAAUUUUACUUACAGAACAUCAAACAUUUUAACAAACAAUGGUAUAAGUUUAAAUAUUUCGUUAAAAUAUUUAAGUGUUUCUUAAUAUUUGUUUUCUACAGUCUCUCAACAUGUAUUGGGUUCAAGCAUGGAUUGUAGGGCUAUGUAUUGCGCAGACUUCUGGGCACUUGUGCCUUAUAUCUCCAAGGCAAAGAGGGGAUUUGGAUGUAUUUUCGUCGGGUAAUCCGACGUGUUUCCGGCACGCGCUGCCAUGCGGAGGCCAGCCCAUUCAGGACCCGGUAGAGGUGUACGCGCCCGGCCAGAACGUAUUCUUCCGGUGGCAGCAAAACUUUAACCACUAUGAGCCGGGGUUUCCAGGCUACAUGGAUCUGUCCAUCGCCUCCAGCCCCGACAGCACGAGUUUCGCCACACUGACCGUGGUCACAGACCCGUAUGUACACGCACAGAACUACCAGCAAAACUACACGGCUGUCAUUAAACUGCCUGAUAUGGAAUGCGACCACUGCGUCAUCCGGGCUCGUUACGACGCCCACAAACCUGGUGAAGACCCAUUUCUACAGUGCGCUGAUAUUAAAAUCUCCAAAGGGGCGAAGAAAUCAGACACUCUGAACUAUUUGUCCGCCGAGAGCAAGACUGACCAGCAGAAGCUUGUACCUCUUAAAAAAGCGUUGAAACUGAAGAAAUACUACGACCAAAAGUACAAAUCCAAUCUAAAAAUGCAGGACACAAAAUUGUACGGUUUUGCCUACAAUCCGUUCCAGCCCCAUAGCAGCCAUUAUAUCUCUGUCUCCGUGGUAACCGGAGCUACUCAGAUGUUGAACGGCUUUGCCUUCGGUAUUGAUGACCCAUCUGGUGGUAAAGACAGUACAUUCAUGGCCGACGAAGUAGUUGCCAUUGACAACGGUAGAAACACGACGACGAUUCUGGUCCACGACGUUGCAUCGUCACGCGAGGUGGCUGCAAAGAUCGUCUAUAGCAUUGGCUCCCAGAACGGAUCCCAUGUACAGACGUCAGACAUCUUUCAGUACGAUGGGGUCCCCAUUAACGGGUUGUCGUGGUACACCGACAAGUUGUAUGCUGCAUUCAGAAUUGUGCCUUAUAAUAAUGACUUUUUCUUCGAGGUCGGGACGCUGGACAUCGGCGGCUUGUACACGAAACGCGCCAGCAUUCCGACCGCCGAGGACCUGUACGUGAACUUUCAGUGGCUGGAGACCGACAUGAACAGCUAUAAGCACGUGUUCGCGCUCAUGGGAAACGAGAAUGAUCCCAUUGGGCUAAGCGCCCGUAUCUACAUGUUUGACUUGUUUAACGGACAGUUUAUCCAGGCAGCUGAGGUCGAUGUUCGUGAAUACACGUUCAUGUCAAUGCAUUCUUAUCAAAAUGGUGGAGAGGCCAUGUACGCCUUCUCCCCUGGCCUGUGGUCGGACUCCGGUCACGACAUGUGGGCGUGGUCACUGGUUGCCGUGGAUACCAUGAAUGGUGCAGUCACAAAGCAGUGUGACAUUGCACCCAGGGGCAUAUUUCAGCGCUACUACGGCGGUUCGGUGUUCCAGGGCUCCAGUAAUCCGGACGGGUUUCUCUAUCACGUGCUGCGAGUAAUGUACAGCGAGGCGGACUUUAUAGUGGGCGUUAACCCCGACACGUGCGAAGUGCGCUUCUCCGAAGUGACGAACUUGCGAUACGUGCAUUCGUUGCAGCUGGUGAAUCCAGCCCCGUGAAGAAGACAUUCAACAACAGAGUAGAACGACUAUUUACCUCAAAACCAUGCAUUUUUUUAUGAACGACUGACAAUUGUUAACAAGGAUAAUUAAACAACAACUUGUUUGGUAGGGAUGUCGUUUUGAAAUUGGCUUGCAUUUUAAAUGGUUAUUUUUUUCUGGUAAACAGCGGUUUUUCUUUUUGUUUUUGUCGCACAUUUAUGCGCAAAAUCUUGAAGACUUUAACUAUCGUUAGGUCUACAAUUUUAAUGAACCAACGUAUAUUGGUUUCGUAUUGUGUGUAUGUAUAUGACGAUUAGCUGUACAUGUUUAAGAAAAUAUAUACACGUUAUGUUCUGUCCUGUAAAUGAUUUUGUUCUACUACCUACGGUUUAUCUUUCAUUGCCAGUCGGAAAAGUAAUGGAUUAUUAAUGAAUUACGUCAUACCUCUUGUAAGUUCUAAAACUGUGUUAAAUCAUACCCAAACACAUGUCUCUAAAAAUCUGAUGCAAGAACCAAAAUUAUGUUAAUAUUACCACCAAAAACACAUUUCUUAAUCCUUAAAUAUGUGUAUAUGUAUGUUACAAUGGCAUUAUUUUUAUACUAAACUAAUUAUCUUUGAAAAGCGCAUGUUUCCUUAACCAAUGUUAAAAUGUUCUAAUACGAACAUUUAGCAGUAUGCUUUUCCCCAUUUAACGUGUAUGUUUAUGUUAAUUCGUUAAUUAUAUAUCCUAAUAUGUUUAGUUUGAGUAUGAAAUAUUAAAAAUAUGUUGUUUUAAUUGAACUUUCACAACAUGUUUUAAAUUAAACACAGAUUCUCAAAUCCCCACAUAAAUAUAAAAAAAUCAAGUUGUGUGUAAAAUUGUGAAUGAUUACAAAAUGUGAAUGAUCACAAAUAAAGCAUUUCGUAUCGAAACAAAAUAAUAGCAUAACGUUAAAAUUAAGGUCACUACUUGUUUAGUCCAUAAAAAAUAAGUAAAACUAGUUCUAAAUAAAGAAAAAAGUUUGCUCAGUGUUCUUGGUUAA